UUCAUCUGAUUUAAUUAAAAACAGUGAAGGGCAGUGCGUUAUUUUAUCGGUUUCAAUAAGUUGUUUGAGCUGAAUAUGACCGAGUGGACUUACAUUGAGUCACGGUUUUUUGCCCUAUAACUGCUGAUGCUAGAGUUUGUUUUCAGAGUGAAUGCAUUGACUGUAUGCGAUCUGCUGGGUUUCCUUACACUGAAAACGUUUUAACCUAAUUUGAAGAAUGACCUGAACUUAACACACUGUUUGGUAACAAGAAUCAAUUGGAAUGUAUGUGUGAUUAACUUUAAAUAACUUUUUUGUAAAGUGCCUCAAGAUUAAAUUUGUUGUGAUUAAAUGAACUUGUUGAAUUUGUGAUUAAAUUUGUUUGCUCUUGGAGCAAACCUUUUCUGAUGCUUUUAUUGUGACAGGUGCUAACCGGAAGCAGUGUCAGUGAUCACUUGUAGCUGAACGCCGGGGUCCUGCGGAGCUCCGUAUCCGCUCAUCGACUCAGCAGAGAUAGGACGGGAUCACUGGGGAUACUUGACAACUUUCAGAGUCUGCUAUGACAUCUCGCAGGUGGUUCCAUCCCAACAUCACUGGAAUCGAGGCAGAGCAGGUCUUGUUGACCCGGGGCGUCCACGGCAGUUUCCUGGCCCGGCCCAGCAAGAGCAAUCCUGGGGAUUUUACCCUGUCUGUCAGGCGUAACAAUGAGGUGACCCACAUUAAGAUCCAGAACUCGGGGGACUACUAUGACCUGUAUGGCGGCGAGAAGUUUGCCACGCUAGCCGAGCUGGUGCAGUAUUACACUGAACAGCAGGACCUGCUGCGCGAGAGGAAUGGCCACGUCAUCGAGCUGAAGUAUCCACUCAACUGCAAGGAUCCCACAUCUGAAAGGUGGUACCAUGGUCACCUCACUGGGAGAGAUGCAGAGAAACUCCUCACAGAAAAAGGCAAAGCCGGCAGCUUUCUGGUCCGGGAGAGUCAGAGUAAACCCGGAGACUUUGUCCUGUCGGUUCUCACCAACGAGGAGAAACACGACAACAUCGACCGCAAAACCAAAGUCACACACGUUAUGAUUCGCUUCCAGGAAGGCAAGUAUGAUGUGGGAGGUGGUGAACGGUUUGACACGUUGGCCGAUCUGGUGGAUCAUUACAAGAAGAACCCCAUGGUGGAAAAAAGCGGCAUUGUAGUGCAUCUCAAACAGCCUUUUAACGCCACGAGGAUAAAUGCUGCCAACAUCGAGAACCGGGUACGAGAACUCAACAAAGUAGCAGACAACUCAGAGAAGCCAAAACAAGGAUUCUGGGAGGAGUUUGAGGUACUUCAGCAGCAAGAGUGCAAACUGCUGUAUCCCCGGAAAGAGGGCCAGAAGCCAGAAAACAAGAGUAAAAACAGAUACAAGAACAUCCUCCCCUUCGACACAACGCGAGUUGUGAUUAAAGAUUCUGAAUCAGACUCUCCAGGUUCGGAUUACAUCAACGCUAACUAUAUCAGAAACGUGAGUGAAGACGGGCGGCAUGUGGAGGAGAGUAAAGUCUUCAUUGCCACCCAGGGCUGCCUGCAGAACACGGUGAACGACUUCUGGAAGAUGGUGUAUCAGGAGAAUGCUCACGUCAUCGUCAUGACGACCAAGGAGAUGGAGCGGGGAAGGAACAAAUGCGUCCGGUACUGGCCGGACCUCAAUGGCACUAAAGAGUUUGGGAAAGUCCUGGUGAGGAAUGUGGAAGAGCAGCCGGCGCAGGACUACAUCCUGAGGAAGCUGGAGGUGACGCGCCUGGACAGGAAGGAGCCUCUGCGGUACAUCUGGCACUACCAGUACCUGAGCUGGCCGGACCACGGCGUCCCCAACGAGCCCGGCGGCGUCCUCUGGUUCCUGGAGGAAGUCAACUGCACACAGAGCACCAUUAAGGAUACUGGACCCAUUGUCGUCCACUGCAGCGCGGGCAUCGGCAGAACCGGCACCAUCAUCGUCAUCGACAUCCUCAUCGACAUCAUCAACCGCCAAGGGCUGGACUGUGACAUCGACAUCCCAAAGACCAUCCAGAUGGUCCGGCAGCAGCGGUCCGGCAUGGUCCAGACUGAGGCACAAUACAAGUUCAUCUACAUGGCGGUGCAGCAGUACAUAGACACGGUCCAGAAGAGGCUGGAGGAGGAGCAGAGGAAUAAAAUGAAGGAGAGAGAAUAUUCAAACAUCAAGUAUCCACAGAUGACCAACUCCAGGUCUAAGCACAACAUGGCAUCCUCCAGGUCUUCUUCAGUAAUGACAAAUGAUGAUUCUUCAAGCGUGUACGAGAAUAUAAACUUCAGAACCCCCCAGGCAUCGUUCAGUAGUAACACCAGGAGAUAAAAUGGCUGCUGCAGAGCUGCUUCUCUCUUAUCUGCCUCCUGCUUCAGCAGCGCUGUUGCUGGCCAGAGUCUGUAAAAAUCCUUUUUGGGGCUGACAGGAAGUGAUGCGUUAAUGGGCCCCAGCCUCGGCCUGAAGGCAGCGAGCUGACUCCUCUCCUGCUGCCAUGCUGCUGACCUCUGACCCUGUGACCAGAGGACCCUCCACUCUGUCCCGUCAGAACCAGCUCCAGUGCCUUGUGACAGGAAGUGUCUGUAACCCUUAGCCCCUCCCCCACCCGUUUCUCCUCUUUUUUUCUUCCACAGACCUCCAAAUCGAAGCUAAUCCGCUAAACUGCACUUGCUGGAUGCGACAUCAGGCGGCAGGUCUGACCCGAAGCGGGUUUGUGGGAUCCGAGCCGAGGUCAGAGCCCAGCUGCUCUUCCAGCCAUUUGAACUUUCAACUUUACAUUGUUUUCGCGGGGCGAGCUGCAGGGUUUAUUAACGCGGCUGCUGAGUGAUGGAAGGGUCCCAAGGCUCAGGAAGGGCACCAAGCCCCACCCUUCAGAUAUAUGUAGACUGUGGUGUGUGUGUGUGUGUGAAGUGUGUGUGAGGACGACGAUGUGCUGCGAUCUGCUGCUGGACGCGCUGGUUCUGUUCCUGAGCACAGAGAGAGACGACUUCAGGAACAUCUCUGUCUCGUCUUCAGGUUUUCCUCUAACACACAAAUUAUCGGCGUGUUUGUUCUUCCCUUCAACGCAUUACCGUUUCAUUGUGUGUGACGAUGGUUUAAAGGUCAUGUAUAAACUUUAUUUUAGGGUCUUUCUAAAAGCGGAACUUCAGUUCACAUUUCCUGACAUAAAUAGUGAAUGGUGAAUGAACUCUAAUAGCUCAGCGUCAGGAUGGGAUUGGCAAAAGGAGAUGAGGAAACGGGCCGAUUGCAGCGGCCCAGAUGGCCAUCUGCCUGAGAUUAAAGAAUAGAUUUGUCUCUGAAAAGUAAUUUAGAAGACGACUGUAAUCCAGGUCUGAUGCCAGCCGGCCGAGUAAAGCGACAUCAUUUAUGGGAUAAGUAGAGUGGUGCUGUAGAGCAACGAGCCCUCUGCACUUUCCCGCAGAUUGUUGGAUAUUUUUAGCCUCCUGAAUCCAAAAUAACCCGGUCCGGUUCAAGGCGAGAGUAAAUUCCUCCUUCAACCUUCACAACCUUCAUGUUUCAAGCAAAAACAUCACAGAGUUUUAUUUGGAUUUUCUUUGAUAGAUGGACACAAAGAGCUGCCUGAAGGAAAAUCAUGGUUUAAAAGUGUUUAAAAGAGGAAAUAUCUGAAAAGUUUGGUGUGCAGUUGUAUGAACCCACUUUACCCUGACACCCCUAAAUAAUCUCAAGUUGCUCUCAGAAGUUGGGUCUACUGGUGAUUACUGCAUCAUUUCUCUCUUUAUUGCUCAUUUGCAUAAGCAAACAUUGAACAUUAUAACAUUUUCAGCCUUAGCUCAUCUGUUUCAAAUCUUCAGGUAAAUUAAUUUCACAUAUUAAUGAUUUUCACAGACAAAUAAGGUUUCAUGAAAAUGUACCUUACAGUUCCUGGAUGAACCUUCAGGUCUGAGGGAAAGAUGAGCUUUCAUUAAAAAUAAGGGAAAGUUUUUCAUUUUUAGUGAAAACCUGCAGGUUUUCUGUCCAAAGCGUUAAUAUUUGGGUUUGAUGUUGUUUUGGUGAUUGUUGCCGUCGCCCAGUAGCUUCAGUGGAGCAACAUUCUUUAAUUUCUCUGAAUGUUUUCAGGUUUUAUUUUGCAACUCUGCUCACUAAUUUCAUGUUUGUUUGGUUGUUUUUUUUAUAUUUGAAAUGAGAAUUGAGAACAAAACCAGAACACUAGACUUCUGAAACUGGCUCAAUGUGUUGACCUUUGACUUUCAAUUGAAAAAUAUAUCAAAUUAUUCACUUUCACUGACUACUACUGCAGGCCAAACAUUUCGGAAUUGUAUUUGUGAAAAGAAAAAUUCAAGGAAAUUUCCUUAAAGUUUAAAGGAGUAUGAAUUAUGCACCACCUGCCCCAGGCGUCUUAGUGCCCCUCUCCCAGUUGCCCCAGCUCAACACAAACAGCUCAGGGUUUGACCCCAGGGAUUAAAUCCUGCAUGUCAGGAUCUUCAUGAAAAUAUCCAACGUUUGGAAAAGUUGUCACCCUUCUGACCUCAGAUCUGAGGAGUUUAAUACAAACUGAACUUCUGUCCAGCCGAAUGGCUCAAACACAGACGUGAUUCAUGGUGGAACUAAUAAUACUCUCAGCACUGCACUGAAAUGAUUCUAAUGUAGAAAAGUUUGAAUGUAACUCCAGCAGCCAUUUUGUUUCCCUCGUUUUAAAGUUUGAAGGUUUUUCAUGGUCUAACUACUGAAAUGCUGUUUAAUAAAUGAUUUGUAGUUAAUAGCUCUGGUUCAGUGAUUGAAAGCUGCCUCUGCUCUGCACUGCCUGUUUCAAAUGCUGCACUGCUCCAUGUUCAUUAUAAUGUGUUUCUCUUCCUGUGCAAAAAGGAAAGGGAAUCUGUUUCCUGUUUUGUUUGCUCUGAGUAACUUUGCUCUGUUUCUCACAUUGUGUCUGAUUUGGUGAAACUUUAGUACUUGAAAGUGUGAGCUGUUUUUUCUCAGGUUGUGUGGAAGUCCAUCAGACGUGUUUUUGUUUGUGCACUAUGCUGUUCACGUGUUUUCCUUCAGACUCGUUUUCUUUCAUUCAUCCUUGCAUUUCUGUUUGGUAUGGAGGUUUUAUUUUUCUCACCAUGUUUUGAUGACUGAAUCGGUGGAGGGCUGCAGUCAUGACACCGAGUUUUAUUUCAGCUGGUCCUCUGACAUUUUACUUGAACUUGUUGAUGUGAUUUUUGUUGGAUUCCCUGACGUUGUCCUCCAUGUUUCCUGUUCGUCUUGCACUGGCUCCGCCCACACGCCUUUUUGGGAGUUUUGGCUUCAACUGUGUGAUGAGCUGUCUGAAACUGCCUCUAAUAUCAUAUACUGAAUAAAACACUUUAUGAUGCCGCAGUAUGCCAAGU